GAAGCCGUAGCUGUCGCGGCGACAUACACAAGCAAUGGCUCCUUCCCCUAUUUCUUGUACGAAAGAUCCAUCAACGUUCAUCUCGGGCAUGUCGCGGGAUGGGGGUUUCCGACAUUGGGAGUCGAGUUCGAUGAGUUGCUGGGGGUUCGGACUUUGAGCUCUGAACACGAGGUUGUUCCGUGCUUUCCAGAUCUGCCGUGGCAACAGAGCAAGGAGCUCGAAAGUAACUGAGCAGACUCAACUAAGAUGGAAAGAAACAGGAGCUCUUUUUGGGAAACUGGAUCCACAAGCCAUGGCUCAUCAGGAGCUGAGUUCGACGUGUUCUUGAGUUUUCGAGGACCGGAUACUCGUGCAAAUUUCACAGAUUCACUCUAUCAUGCCCUGCUAGAUAAGGGUAUCCAGGUUUUCAUAGACAAGAAGGGAAUCGAUGUAGGUGUAGAGAUCGGCCCAGAGAUUUUCCAGGCCAUUGAUGACUCGAAAAUCUGCAUUCCCAUCUUCUCUAGGGGCUACGCAUCCAGUAAAUGGUGCUUGCGCGAGCUGGAACACAUGAUGGAGCGUAGGAAAACCAACGAUCUAGAGGUUUUACCCAUUUUCUAUGACGUGGAACCCUCUGACGUGAUGCUUGAAACCGAAGUGUAUAAGGAUGCGUUAACUCUGCAUGAAGAAAAACACGGGCCUGAGAUUGUGCAACCCUGGGCAGAGGCGCUCAAGGAAGUUGCUAGAGUCAAGGGAUGGGACACAAAGAACCAAGGCCAUGGAGAACUCGCACGAUUGAUUGCUCAGAAAGUAUUGGUUAAGCUUAAGGUGUCUUAUGUUCAUAUAUCUGAUAAUCUAGUUGGAAUGGACGAAUCAGUGGACGAAGUAGUAGAUUUGCUGAAUGUCGAAUCUGAGGACAGAAGACUCAUUGGAAUUUGCGGAAUGGGUGGAAUAGGCAAGACAACUCUUGCCAAGGUUGUUUACCACAAACUUUUUACUAAUUUUAUAAGUUGUAGUUUCAUUUCAAAUAUCCGAGAAGCAUCAAAAAGUCUUGGUUUGUCAAAUUUGCAAAGGCAACUAGUCUUUGAUAUCCUUGGCAAUGUAGGAGUUGAACUUUCUAGCGUCGAUCAUGGGAUAAAUAUGAUCAAAGAUAGAUUCAAGAUAAAGAAAGUUCUUAUUGUCCUUGAUGAUGUAGAUCAUAGGAGCCAACUUAUGGCAUUAGCAGCAAAGACAGAAUGGCUUGGUUCGGGAAGUAGAAUAGUUGUUACAACAAGAGAUAAAAGUGUUUUAAGUGGAUUCCAAGAUCAGUUGGAACAUUGUUUGAUUUAUGAAGCUAAGGGACUCAAGGAUCUCGAAGCUCUUAAACUCUUUAGCAAGCAUGCCUUUAGAAGCAACUCUCCUCCAAAUGCAUUUUUGAGUCUGUCUAAGAAAGUUACUUCAAAAAUCGGAGGGCUUCCUUUGGCAAUUGAAGUGAUGGGCUCAUUAUUGUACGGGAAAAAGAAAGCAGUGUGGGAAGAUAUACUGAAAAAGAUGGAACAUUACCCUCAUAAGGAUGUGAAGGAAAAGUUAAUGUUGAGUUAUGAGGUGUUAGAUUAUCAGCAACGACAAAUAUUUCUGGAUAUUGCUUGCUUUCUAGCUGGAGAAAAAAAGAGUUACGCAGAUUACAUGUGGUAUGACUGUGGAUUUUACCCGAAUGAGGGGAUUGAAGCUCUACUUUUGAUGUCCUUGGUGAAAAUUGGAGAAGACAAUCAACUAUGGAUGCAUGAUCAGCUCAAAGACUUAGGCAAGAGCAUUGUCUACCAAGAAAAUUUUAAAGAUUCAGGACAAUGUUCACGAGUGUGGAAUCAUGAAGAAGCUCUUGAUAUGAUCAAGAGAAAGAAGGGAACCGAAAUUGUUGUUGCGACCAGUAUGAACUUUGGCAGGUCUAGACCAGCCACUGUUUUGACAUCAGAUGAAUUUAUGAAAGUGCCAAGUAUUAGAUUUCUUGAAAUGGCUGGUGGGAACCUCUCUGGAGACUUUGAGGAUCUCUUUUCAGAAUUAAGAUGGCUUUCUUGGAAGAAUGGUCCUUCCAUGCUGAGCGCGACCAACUUUUGCCCAAAAAAUCUACUCAUCCUCGACCUAUCAAGUAGCCGAAUAGACGAACUUUGGGGUGGUUGGACUCAACUCAAGGUGGCUACGAGAUUGAAGGUCCUUAAUCUGUCAAAGUGCCCCAGGUUAAAGAAAACUCCUGACCUCUCUGCAUAUUUUUCCUUAGAAAUAUUAAUUCUAGAAGAGUGCAGGAACUUGUUAAGGAUUGAUAGAUCUAUUGGUCAUCUGAGACGUUUGAAGCACUUGAAUUUAAAUAGCUGUACUCGUCUCCAAGUGCUUCCUGUUGAAUUAGGUUCUCUGAAAGCUUUAACUGAGCUACUCAUACGUAACUAUAAUUUCUUCGGAAGCAUUAGUCAAGUCCCGAGAUCUAUUGGAGCACUCAUAAAACUCGAGUGCUUGGCCAUUUGUGGAGUUCCGGAGCUAACGACACUUCCCGACUCUAUCGGAAUGCUGCAAUCUUUGGCUGAGUUGGAUAUCUCAAGCACAAGCAUUAGAGAGUUGCCAAAUAUCAUUGUCAAUCUAAAGAGCUUGAAAGUGUUGAAGAUGAAUAGAAGUCGCAUGCAAAAGUUACCCGAGGCAAUGGGGAUGUUGAAGAAACUUGAAGAGAUCUAUGGAGAGAAUUGCUUGUGGCUAGAGAUGAUUCCUGGUGAUAUAGGGAGACUACCUUUCUUGAAGAUUUUGAAAUUAACACAAACUCGUGUGCAAAAUGUACCACAGCUUCCCCAGAGUUUGGUAAGUCUAUGUCUAUCCUCAACAGCCAUUAAAAAAGCUCCAAACAUCACCAACCUUGUGAGUUUAAGGAAUCUGGAAUUAUGUUUUACCAACUCAACCUCCAUCAGAGCUUUUCCAAAGGCGAGAACUUACAGCCCAUGUUGUAUGUUGGAACUUCCAAAUUUCAUUGGCAUAAGCUUAUAUUGGGGUCGCCUUUGCUGUCUAAAAGAACUUCAACUCAUGGAUUGUGACAACCUGUGCAGCCUUGGACAGCUUCCCUCUAGUUUGAGGAAACUUGAAGUUCGCAGCUGCAAUCUUCUUGAAGUUGUUGACCUUUCCAACUUGGUCAAUCUACAACUCUUGUUGAUUUAUAUGUGUCCAAAAUUGGUUGAGAUUAAAGGUCUCGACAGACUGGAAUCACUGAAAAGCCGUUCGAUCGGACAGUGCAAAUCCUUACGAAGGUGAGCUGAUCUAUCCAACUGGAAGAAGCUGAAGAGAGAUUGGUGAUGGGGAUAACAAGUAGCUCGAAGAGAUGAUCUCCCACUCUAGCAA